GCUUGUGCGGCGGUGGUGGUGGUGCAGAGGCGGUAUGGGUGCCGGGCGAUGAUGCUGGAGACGGUGGCGGCGGUGCCGGGGAUGGUGGGGGGAAUGCUGCUGCACCUGCGGUCGCUGCGGCGGUUCGAGCACAGCGGGGGAUGGAUCCGGGCGCUGCUGGAGGAGGCCGAGAACGAGCGCAUGCACCUGAUGACGUUCAUGGAGGUGGCCAAGCCGCGCUGGUACGAGCGCGCCCUCGUCAUCGCCGUGCAGGGCGUGUUCUUCAACGCCUACUUCCUGGGCUACCUGCUCUCCCCCAAGUUCGCCCACCGCGUCACCGGCUACCUGGAGGAGGAGGCCAUCCACUCCUACACCGAGUUCCUCAAGGACCUCGACGCCGGCAAGAUCGACAACGUCCCCGCCCCCGCCAUCGCCAUCGACUACUGGCGCCUCCCCCCCGACGCCACCUUGAAGGACGUCGUCACCGUCGUCCGCGCCGACGAGGCGCACCACCGCGACGUCAACCACUUUGCAUCCGACAUACACUACCAGGGAAUGGAGCUCAAGGAGACUCCGGCGCCGCUUGAUUAUCAUUAAGAGCGCUCCGUAUGUUGGUGUGUGGGAUCUUAUAAAUAUAGGCAUGAAUUAAUAUUGGUGAAUAAAAUGUGUCAAUAUAGAGAGAGAGAGAGAGAGUCAUGUUUGGCUGUUUUUGGUUGCUGCUGAUCCACUUGUGAUGGUACAUUUGAAAUGCAGAUUUAGUGUGUAUUGGUCGUCGAUUCACCGUGUUAUGCUAGUAUAUAUCCUUCCUUGUUAGUGGGACGUAAUAUUGUGUAUAGGUGUUUUUUUUGGCAAGCAUUAACGGAUGAUACUUCUUUCUAUUUU